AUGGCGAGAAACGACAGCGCAGUGUCUCCGAGGCUAUUCAGAGGCACGGCUAUGAUUCUCCUCCUCGCCCUCCUCAUUCCUGACCCCACCGGGUUGGAGACCGGUGGCACUGGCGGCGGCACUGGACAUUUCGCAGAAGCGCUUCCCUUCAUCGAACCAUCGCAACCCGCCGCGACGUCACGGGCAUUCAUGCCAAGACCAAAAGGUCGAAUUCUCCUCUCUCCCCGUGCAUCCGCCUGUCACCCCGCUCUCCGCCUGUUUUCCUCUCUCUCUCUCUCCCCUCCUCAGUCGUCCUUCCCACCUCAGCCGCUCUCCUCCCCGCCGUCUGCUCUGCUACUUGGAAAGCCGCCCUUCCCGCCUCUUGAGGAGUUGUCAAGGGUGUGGGGAAUUGACGUGGUCAUCAGCGAGGACUGCGCGGACUCGUAUAGCUUCCAGGUCGUGCGCGAGUGCGACGCAGAUGGCUUCAUCGUUUCCAUCUCGUACGUCGCACUGCCCCCCAUUCCGACAUCCAUCAGCACGCAAUUCGACAUCAUUCCAGACGUCAUCACCAAACUCACACGACUCACCUCCCUGAACCUAGAGUUCGUCGACAUUAGAGGCACCCUGCCCGCCAGCAUGGGCAACAUGACCAACCUGCAAGAGCUGACAAUCAGCCGGGUGGAAUCGGGCAGCAUCCCGGCCUCCUUUGGUAACAUGGCCAGCCUGCAAUCACUGAUCAUCAGCGUGAGUGACAACGACACCACAGGAGCUGCCCUCACAGGGGCCCAUCCCUGA